AUGGAUUCGCGAACUAGCUACCUGCCCUCGUCUCGCCAGAGUCGAAUGGCCAUCGAUUCCUUGUUGAAUCCAUCGGCCGACAACGACCCAACGGACAACCGGCUACAUCAUUCAUUCUCAAGCCAGCAAUACUCGCCACACUACCCUCCAAGUCCCAACCGCUACUACUACUCCCGUUAUGGGGAGAGCCACGCCUAUCCAGACACCCCGGGCUCGUCUCAGGACCAAAUGUUUUUGUCGUAUCGGCCUAGAUCGGCCGAGUCUUCACCAGAUCCUUAUUCUCGGGACCGGUACGACUCCGUCUCCAGCAGUUCCAGUAAUGCCGCCGAACGGCGUCGGCCUCCCCGGCCCAAGUACGAAGAAGAAGAGAUGUACUUCAUCUGGUACCACCGUGUCGACCUCUGCCAGGAGUGGAAGGAGGUGCGCGAGAACUUCAACCGCCAAUUUCCCAACCGCCAACGGCGCGGGUUUCAGGGAAUCCAGUGCAAGUUCUACAGAUUCAUCAAGGAGAAGAAAUGUCCCACGCUGCGCGAGCAGCGAAGAAUGCGGGACGGCGAGUUCCUGCGGGAGGGUUCAACCAUGAUCGACUCGGGAGCUCCACGAUUUGGAGUUGUGGAAUGGGCCCAAGUGUGGUAUCCAUGGAUGCGAGAACCAAAGGAGCAAGUGCUUGGUCGGCGGAUAUCCGCAUAA